GUUACGAAGAAAAACAUGGCUGCUUGUAAAGAUAUCGGCAUGUACGAAGCCAGUUUUUCCAGGCUUCCCGCCCAAAGCAAUGUCUACGGCUUGUCUGUGCUGUCCAUGCCAACGUGGGAAGGCAACAAGCUUCUCGUGGCAUCCCUCAGUGGUGGUAAUAUGUUCUGUUUGGAGUACCAGCGUCUACAAGGCGUGGUGAGGCUAGUGUCUAGAGAAAUCCAUUUCGCUUACAUCCCAGGUGAUGCAGACAUCGUUUCUAUAGACUCCUUUAACAGGGAAGGCCCACAGCCUGGAAUAUUAGGGGGUUUAGUCAUCGGCAUCACUUUUAUCAAGGAUCCCAGCAACAGUCCUGCACAGUAUCUCAACAUCUACUCUGCUGGUGUAGAGAGUGGGUUGGAGUACAGCUUGGACACCCUCGCGCAAAGCUGCAUGUGUAACAUCGAACUUCAGUUCAUCCCAUUCCAGUUAACACACACACGGCUGUGUGAUGAGGACGGGGGAGACACCGUCUUUCUCCUAGGAGGGAGCGACCAACAGAUCCACCUCUUCAGGCAGGACAGAGAAACCAACCAGUUCAUGGAGGAGAACAUUGCCGACUUCUUCCCGGAGUUUGACAGCCUUCCCGGCAAUGCGGUUUGGUUGGAUACAGAGAGAGUGGCGGGGCAAAAAAGGAUCACUGCAUUCGGCUGUGAAGAUGGCCACGUGAGUGUAGCUAUUGUCAACGAGGCUUCCAAAGAAAUCCAGUGCAUGGGAGGUGUGCAACAUGAUGGCCCUAUCACAUCAGUAAGAAUAUACAGGUCCAAGUUAGACACCCCUCGCCCAGCAGCACUGAGUGCCAAGUCCCCACUACCUGCCAUCCACACUACCCAAGAGGGGGAGUACCACCUUGUAGUGACGAGUGUGUUAGAGUUAGCUGUGGUGUACCGAGAGGUGAUGCUGGGCGGCCUGACCAGACAGGCCAUCCUCCCGGAGAGUAACCUGUAUGACUCGGCGCUGUGCUGCUGCGUCGGAGACGUGGACUGGGACGGCGAGAACGAGGUCAUCAUCGGAACCUACGGACAGGAGCUGAUCGUGUACAAGUACUGCGAGGGCAGCGGCAGGGGCAGACACAAGUCGAACAGCUCGGUCGCGUCAGAAAAAUCAGCCAGUCUGGAAUCAGACUUCACUCUCCUGUGGAGGAGGAGUUUUGCCCAUCCUAUCCUGGCCCUGGCAUAUCUGGACAUGACAAGGGAUGGCCUGUGGGAACUAGUCGUCAUAUCAACUAAAGGUUGUCAUAUCUUACAGCAUAGUCUUGAGGACGCUGCAGGGAAGGUCACAGAAAGGCUGGAGAGCCUCACUUUACUAGGAAAUGGUAGCAAAUAGAAUUGCUGACACAAUAGGUUGAUGUGUUAGCAGGAAACAUGUAAUGAAUCAUGUGUGGGAAAAAUGAGAUGUCAUGCAAAAUAGUUCCGAAACAAAUAAAAUUUAUCUGUUGUUGCCAUCAUAGUGUAAUCAUGUUCCCAAAAUAACCAGCACCAUAGAUUUAUACUGAUUAUCAUAAUAUGUGUGAUGUAUUUGUUAGAAAAUGAAUGUCCAUCUGUAAAUAUCAUUAUAAAAAAGGAAAAGGAAUUUGAUUGUACCAAGUGUUUGCGUGCAGGUUUAAAAAGUACUGAAGUUGUUGUAUGAAGAGUUUCUCAGUCAUUUACAUUCAUAUAAGAUACAUGUACUGCCUGAUUAAAUAUUACCAGGGUCAUGUUAGAUCUUUGCUUUUACAAUUAUUCCAGGGACCUAACGUUAAAUAUUACACUAUUUUAAAGCUUCUUCUCACUUAUGUCUUCUUUAUAGUGUGUAAAAGGAACAGAAACAAUGAUCUUCUAUGACCUGUACGUACUAUCUUGUCUGUCAGUAUUAAAGUCUAUAAUGUUAUAUCUUCCUGCCUCAUUUACACAAUCAGUAUCCUAAUUUAAG